GCGCGCGGAGCGCGCUUAGCGCGUGCCUACGAGGCGGCGGUUGGCAGCGCGCGGAGUGUGUGAAGUGAAGCGAGGCGACUCCGGACUCACGGACCGACAGACCGAGCGGCCCUUACGGCCGUCCGCAGCCAGGCGGCCCGAGAUGUUGUCUGGGAAGAAGGCAGCAGCCGCGGCGGCGGCGGCGGCGGCGGCAGCGGCGGCGGCGGCCGGGUCGGAGGCCGGUGCCGGGGCAGCGGGCGGCUCGGAGAACGGCUCUGAGGUGGCCGCGCCGCCCGCGGGCCUAUCCGGCCCUGCCGAAGCCGGGCCGGGGGCGGCCGGGGAGCGCACUCCCCGCAAGAAGGAGCCCCCGCGGGCCUCGCCCCCCGGGGGCCUGGCUGAGCCGCCGGGGUCCGCCGGGCCUCAAGCUGGGCCUACCGUCGUGCCUGGGUCUGCGACCCCCAUGGAAACGGGAAUCGCAGAGACUCCGGAGGGGCGACGGACCAGUCGGCGCAAGCGGGCGAAGGUAGAGUACAGAGAGAUGGAUGAAAGUUUGGCCAACCUCUCAGAAGAUGAGUAUUAUUCAGAAGAAGAGAGAAAUGCUAAAGCAGAGAAGGAAAAGAAGCUUCCCCCACCACCCCCUCAAGCCCCACCUGAGGAAGAAAAUGAAAGUGAGCCUGAGGAACCAUCUGGUGUGGAGGGUGCAGCUUUCCAGAGUAGACUUCCUCAUGACCGGAUGACUUCUCAAGAAGCAGCCUGUUUUCCAGAUAUCAUCAGUGGACCACAGCAGACCCAGAAGGUUUUUCUGUUCAUUAGAAACCGCACAUUGCAGUUGUGGUUGGAUAAUCCAAAGAUUCAGCUGACCUUUGAGGCUACUCUCCAACAAUUAGAAGCGCCUUACAACAGUGAUACUGUGCUUGUCCACCGAGUUCACAGUUAUUUAGAGCGUCAUGGUCUUAUCAACUUCGGCAUCUAUAAGAGGAUAAAGCCCCUCCCAACUAAAAAGACAGGAAAGGUAAUCAUUAUAGGCUCUGGAGUCUCGGGCUUGGCAGCAGCUCGUCAGUUACAAAGUUUUGGAAUGGAUGUCACACUUCUGGAAGCCAGGGAUCGUGUGGAUGGACGAGUUGCUACAUUUCGCAAAGGAAACUACGUAGCUGAUCUUGGAGCCAUGGUAGUAACAGGUCUUGGAGGGAAUCCCAUGGCUGUGGUUAGCAAGCAAGUAAAUAUGGAACUGGCCAAGAUCAAGCAAAAAUGCCCACUUUAUGAAGCUAAUGGACAAGCUGUUCCUAAAGAGAAAGAUGAAAUGGUAGAGCAAGAGUUUAACCGGUUGCUAGAAGCUACAUCUUACCUUAGUCAUCAACUAGACUUCAAUGUCCUCAAUAAUAAGCCUGUGUCCCUUGGCCAGGCAUUGGAAGUUGUCAUUCAGUUACAAGAAAAGCAUGUCAAAGAUGAGCAGAUUGAACAUUGGAAGAAGAUAGUGAAAACUCAGGAGGAACUGAAAGAACUUCUUAAUAAGAUGGUAAAUUUAAAAGAGAAAAUUAAAGAACUCCAUCAGCAAUACAAAGAAGCAUCUGAAGUCAAGCCACCCAGAGAUAUCACUGCUGAGUUCUUAGUGAAAAGCAAACACAGGGAUCUAACUGCCUUAUGCAAGGAAUAUGAUGAAUUAGCUGAAACACAAGGAAAGCUAGAAGAAAAACUUCAAGAAUUGGAAGCCAAUCCUCCAAGUGAUGUGUAUCUCUCGUCAAGAGACAGACAAAUACUUGACUGGCAUUUUGCAAAUCUUGAAUUUGCUAAUGCCACACCUCUCUCUACACUUUCCCUUAAACAUUGGGAUCAGGAUGAUGACUUUGAGUUUACUGGCAGCCACCUGACAGUGAGGAAUGGCUACUCAUGUGUGCCUGUGGCGUUAGCAGAAGGCCUGGACAUUAAACUGAAUACAGCAGUUCGGCAGGUUCGCUACACAGCUUCAGGAUGUGAAGUGAUAGCUGUGAAUACCCGCUCCACGAGCCAGACGUUUAUUUAUAAGUGUGAUGCAGUUCUCUGUACCCUUCCCUUGGGUGUGUUGAAGCAGCAGCCACCAGCUGUUCAGUUUGUGCCACCUCUUCCUGAGUGGAAAACAUCUGCAGUCCAAAGGAUGGGAUUUGGCAACCUUAACAAGGUCGUGUUGUGUUUUGACCGCGUAUUCUGGGAUCCAAGUGUCAAUUUGUUCGGACAUGUUGGCAGUACGACUGCCAGCAGGGGUGAGCUCUUCCUCUUCUGGAACCUCUAUAAAGCUCCAAUACUAUUGGCACUAGUGGCAGGAGAAGCUGCUGGCAUCAUGGAAAACAUAAGUGAUGGUGUGAUUGUUGGCCGAUGCCUGGCCAUUCUCAAAGGGAUUUUUGGUAGCAGUGCAGUGCCCCAGCCCAAGGAAACAGUGGUGUCUCGCUGGCGUGCUGAUCCCUGGGCCCGGGGCUCCUAUUCCUAUGUAGCCGCAGGAUCAUCUGGAAAUGACUAUGACCUAAUGGCUCAGCCAAUCACUCCUGGCCCCUCAAUUCCAGGUGCCCCACAGCCUAUUCCACGACUCUUCUUUGCUGGAGAACAUACAAUCCGUAACUACCCAGCCACGGUCCAUGGUGCUCUGCUGAGUGGGCUCAGAGAAGCAGGAAGGAUUGCAGACCAGUUCUUGGGGGCCAUGUAUACCCUGCCUCGCCAGGCCACACCAGGCGUCCCUGCACAGCAGUCCCCGAGCAUGUGAGAUGGAUGUGUUCUAAGGGAAGAGGCCGAUGUGUUUGUGUUUUUUGCUGCAUAAGCAAAGCUCUUCUAGCAAUAUUAGAUUCCACUGAGAAACUCACCCUGGCAUCUGGGCUCCAGAUCAACUGCUAGAGCUCCUGGUGGUCAGGUGGCCAAGGAGGUUGCCUCCUUUAAGUGACUUAGAGCUAGGGAGGCACUUGUCCAUUAGUGUGGGAGUCUGUGUUCUUCAUUAGGACUGAGGCAAGCAAGUGCUGCGAGAGAACAUCUUAGUCUCUUUGUGUGUGGUGGUUUUUUAUAUUUUGAGAAUAAAACUUCAUAGAAAAAAAAA